AUGGCUGAAGGAUUCCUUCAUCCAUGUAAUGGAGGAAAUCAACACCCACUCGAAGAUAUUGGUAAUGAUUAUUUUCUUAAUUUAUUAUCCAACUCUUUCUUUCAAGAUGUGAAAAUGAAUGAACUAGGUGACGUUGUGAAGUUCAAAAUGCAUGAUUUAGUACAUGACCUUGCACAAAGCGUUGUCGAUUAUAAUGAAGUCUCGAUACUGAGUAAAUUGAAAAAUGAUGCAUCUCAAAUGCGUCGUCUACAAUUAAUCAUGGAAGAGAAAGAAUCAAUGCCAGUUUCUAAUGUUCUAAUCGAUGCAAAAAAACUUCGGACAAUUUUUUACCAUGGGCGCUGUUCUUGCUGGGAUCUAUGUUGUGAAUUCUUAGUUUACCAUGAUGGGUGCAUUUCUUCUGGGAGUCAACUUAGUAACAAGCGUGUACGUGUAAUAUAUUCGCUGGGUGAAGGUAGGCUAAAGAAUCUAUGUUCUUCACCUUUCAUACACUUGAGGUACCUUGACCUCAAUCAUUCAACAAUUGAAGAUGCUGAUGCUGUAUCCAUAAGUCAGCUCUACAACCUACAGACUCUCAAUGUUUCUCGUUCUCAAAAUGUUCAAAUGGUACUAAACAACGUUAGUUAUUUAAAAAAUUUACGGCAUUUAGAUCUCUCUAAUUCAGAUAUUCAAGUGCUACCAGAUUAUAUUGUUGGGCUCACGAAUUUGCAGUCUUUAAAUCUUUCAAAUACUUCUAUCACAAAGUUACCAGAUACAGUCUGUCGCAUGUUUCAUUUGAAGAGGUUGGAAUUAAGGGGAUGCUCGAGUUUUAGAGUAUUACCUUGUAAUUUUGGAGCUUUGACGCAGUUAAGGUCUCUUGAUUUAGGUGAUACCGGAAUAACAGAAUUGCACGAGUCUUUGAUUACCAACCUCUGCAAAUUAGAGUCAGUGGACCUUGGAUAUAAUUGCAAGAUUCCCAAAGAUAUCAAGAAUUGGGUGGAACUGAGAUGUCUCAGAUACUUCGGGAAGCCCAGAGAUAUAAAAUUAGCAAACCCAAACUUUGUCUGGAAUGCAGCUGAUUUAGAAAAUGUGAGAGGUACUAGAGGUUUAGAAAUGCUAACUCGCCUGGAAGUAUUAUAUUCUUACUAUGUUAGGGAAGAAGAUGACUACACCGGAACCAGUAUCAGUGAUUCAAGUGGAAUCGAAGAAUUGGCGAAUCUAAACUCCCUUCGGAAGUUAGGAAUAAGACAAUUAGAAAAUGUGAGAGGUAAGAUAGAUGCUGAGAGGGCAAAGUUAAAAGACAAGCAAAACAUUCGAGAAUUGUGUCUUGGCUGGACAAGAGGAGAUUUUGAAUUGUUUGCUAAUAAUUCUGACUUGGUAUUGGAUGGUCUCCAACCUCACCCUGAUUUAAAAGAAUUGGAAAUAUAUGAUUUUUCUGGUUUACGGUUUCCAAGUGGAUGUGUUCAUCUUCUUCUCUUCCGAAUUUAG